UUAAUUUUUGGUAAGUAUGGAUUCUUUGUGAUUUAGCAGUCUAAAUAAGCUUUAGAGUAUACCAAUGGAGUCUAAGUACAAAGUCCUAGUGGCGGAAGAUGAUCCGUUUCAGAGAUCGACUAUUUGAGAAAUGCUCAAAAUUUCAGGAUAUAUUGUCACAGAUGUGGAAGAUGGUCAGAAAGCUAUUGAUAAACUCAGAGAUCCGAAUAAUUAUUUCGAUCUCGUCCUGCUCGAUCUCCUCAUGCCUAUCAAGUCAGGUAAAGAGGUACUUGAAGAUAUUAUUAAAGAUGAGAAAUUAUCGAAAAUACCUGUUAUCAUGCUGAGUGCGAAGAGUGAUAAAUCUAUAACUGCUGAAUGUCUUGGACUUGGAGCCAAGUCUUUUGUCCCUAAACCUUUAAGACUUCCAGAAUGAAAAAGCUUUAUAAAUUUCAUUGAAUCUACUGGUGAAACAGAAGCAGAGAAGAACCUGGCCAAAUAUGAAGUGAUCAAAUUACUCGGUGAAGGAGCUUGAGGAUAUGUACAUCUAGUUCAACAUAAAGAUAGUGGCCACAAAUAUGCAUUGAAGACGAUACCUUUAACGGAGAUGGAUGAGGCUGAAAGAGAGUCUGCUUGAUUAGAAGUCCACUUCCUCAAGGUACUAAUUGGACCUACCCUUAUCAAGUCAUACCAGUCUUACAUUGAUAAGGACAAGAUUCAUAUCAUAAUGGAAUAUGCUGAAGGUGGUAAUCUUUCUGACAAGAUUAUCAGUGCGAAAUUGAAGAAAAUGUGGUUUGACACAAGCUCAAUUCUUGACUGGAUCAGCCAGGUUAUACUUGGAGUUCAACUUAUGCAUUCAAAAAGAAUUCUUCAUAGAGAUCUUAAAUCUCAAAACUUAUUUCUCACUAAAGAUGGAGUUCUUAAAAUCGGAGACUUUGGAAUUGCGAAAGAACUUGAGACCAUUAAAAAACUAACAGAAACAAACGUUGGAACUCCUUAUUUCAUGUCCCCAGAAGUCGUCAGAGGUGAACCUUAUGGUGAAAAAGCUGACGUUUGGGCAAUUGGCGUCAUUCUCUAUGAAAUGACUUUCUUAUGAAAACCAUUUGAUGGAAAUUCUAUUCAAGAGGUCUUUGACAAGAUCAGAGAUGAUCCGAUCGACCUUUCCAUUAGACCAAUAGACACUGACAUUGAGAUGCUGUUGCAUACUCUAUUAAACAAGGACCCUUCUAAAAGACCAGAUAUUAACGAUAUUGCCGAAAUUCCAUCGAUAAAUGACAGAAUUCUCAAAUUCGUUAAAGAGAAUGAUUGUGAAGAGAGCGUGAAGGGAUUCUUCAACCCUAAAAUUCCCUCAGAUGAUGGUGAGGAACCCACCACCUCUUCAUCGAAUAUUUUCGGUGAAGACAGGCUCGAUAUGCUCGCUCAUCUAAUUCGAACUGAGAUUGACAUGGAAGAAGUAAAAAGUGGGUGGUUCCAGAAAGCUGAAAAAUGUGGAAAUGGCUAUGACAUACACAAAUGGAUUAAAGAUCAUGUCGAGAAAGAUGACAAGAAAGCUGAAGAGAUAGGCCAGAAGAUGCUCGAUCACGGAAUCAUUCAGAGAAUCGAUGGAGAAGAGGAAUUUCACGGCAAUUAUAGCAUACUAUACAAAUUCCACGAGGAUAGAGAUGACAUUGCUAGUAACCUACUCAGAUAUUGGAAUGGUGAGGUUGAUGAUCCCAUUGAUGUCUCGGUGUCUCUUCUUCAGGAUAUUGGAGAAAUCUACAAAGAUGCCAUUGAAGAAGGAGAAGAAGCUUUCACUAUAGAAUACGAGCAGGCAUUGGGGUCGAAGAAAUACGACAGCUUCAUCUCAAAAGUAUGUCAACUCGAAAUUGUUGACUUGGAAUUCAAAACCUAUAAUGAAGCCUUAUGAUUCUUUCUGAAUGUUUAUCAAUGAAUGCAUCUCCAUUAUCUAUUGAAGAAUGGAAACAACUUCAUUGAUAUGAAAGAAGAGACUAAGGGAAGCUUUUUCGGCAUAAUGGACUAUUUCUGGCCAAAGCCUGAACAAAGUUUCUUUUACAACAUUGGUGGUAUGAAUUUCACCUUAGAAGAACUGAAACAUGGACUUCUGCGUGGAAAUUCAAAGCCCCCAGGCUCUUUCUUUAGACUUCUAAAUGCUUCAGACACUCGUACAACUUUAUUGACUUCUAUCACAGAUCCUCGCACCUUGUUCAUCUGCUUGGAUAAGCAUCAGCUUCCAGAAGCCAUUGAGUGUUUUGAUGACCCUACUACAAUAGACACCAAGCUUGAUGAGAUCCUGAGUGGAUACUUCAACGAGAAAAUAGAGAUUGAUACUACAAAUGAAGAGAUCAUAAUUCCCACAGUGUUCGAUAUUUACUCAGCAGACUUCGGAGGGUCUGACGAGAAGAUCCUUAGGUUCAUCUGGAAGUGGUAUGAAACUUCAGAGAUGAAACUACAGGAAGUUCUCAGACUCGUCAGAAGAAAAUCCCUGAUGAUUAAGUACGAAGACUAAGAGAGGCUAUGACUUGAUUUUAAAGUGGAAUUGAUGGUUUACAUAGAGUUUUA